AUGUUUGGUAACGCACCCAAGCCACUUUUUGGUAACCAGCAAACUAGUGUGUUUGGCACCACUUCUCAAAGUGGCUUUUCCUUCGGGACCACAACGACUUCAGCUAAUACUGGUUUUGGCUUUGGAGAGAAGCACACUGCCCCUUCGUCGUUUAGUUUGUGUCCUGUGCCUGCUAAAUCAACUCCUAGCCUCUUUGGUGGUGUAGGGACUUCAACAGCUACUUCUUCACCAUUCAGCUUCUCCGCUGCUGCAAAGCCAGGCUCCUUGUUUGGUAAUGCUCCAGCCACCAACACCACAAAUCAGAAACCCGGUUCACUUUUCUCUUUUCAACCCGCUCAAACUGCCCAAGCAGCUUCGACAUUCCAACUGGGAUCAGGACUCGGUGCGUUACUAGAAUUUUUAAAGCUACUCAGUUGCAUCGUAGUCGCCCCUAGCUUGUUGACUCAAAAUGCAGCAUUUCAACAGCAGCAACAGCAACAACAACAAGCUCAGCAGCAACAGCAGUCUGUUGACGCCUUCUAUGCAUCGCUGUCACAACCGAUGCUAUUUGGAGACGAGCGAGACAACAUAAUCGCCCGUUUGAAUCAGUUGCAGGCAAUGCUUGGCACGGGAAUCGGCUACUCGGCCCUGGGUCCGGUGACGUAUACUCCAGACAAUCCUUUUUCGCGUUUCCGCGGCAUUGCUUACAACGUUUUGCCAACUAGCUCUGAGGCUGAUGGACUUGUGUGCAUGGAAUUGACUAAACCAUUUUCUGAAGUGUUACCACAAAAACAGGGCAUACAAGAUCACCUCUUCAGGCUUCUUGGUGGCCGGGUGAAUUAUCAGCUCAUAAUUGAAGAGAUUAGACCAGCUGCCUCCUCCCAGCACACGGAAGUUGUCAUCAAAGUUGUUGAACGACAGGCAUCCGGUGCAACGCACAUUGUACCCGCCAGUGACUUGUCGAACUUCCUAUGCGGUCCCACUCUCAGGCCACAGUUGGAAUCGCAGCUGUGUGUGUGUCGCCUCACUCCAGAAUUGGCUCCGUCAGCUUCUCAGAUAAAUGCUUAUCUGGAGCUUCCUCCUGCUGGAAUUGAUAAACGUGUUUGGCAACAGGCUCGAGCGGACAACCCCGCGCCAGACCGCCUCAUUCCCGUUCCAGUGAUUGGAUUCGCCGACUUGAAACGACGCCGCGCCGACCAGCUCCUCUUUGGUGACCAACAGCGCAAAUCUGUCAAACACCUCCUCUCCGCCACAAGCAACCUCCAAUCGCAGCAGCUGUCGACGUCGCAGAAGAUUGCUCAGCUUAAACGCAAGCAAAUCGAGCUUAAUCACCGUGUUCUCAAGUUGUUGGCCAAGCAGACGGUUGCGCGGCGUGCGGGCUUCGCCAUCAGCGCCGACGAGGAGGCCUUGCGUUGCGCGCUGGAGCACAUCUGGUCGGAGAUCACGUCGCCGCGCGGCCUGCGUGCACGAAUUCACCAACUCCUGCCCAGUGUGCAGACGAAAACAGCCUCCUCGGUGGCGGGCAGCGAUGCCUCCAAGUCGGACGCCACCAGAGACGUGGAUGGCGUCGGUGGCAGCAGCGCCUCGUGGUGGCAGCAUCCAGAGAUUGUGGAGGAUCUACGAGAGUAUUUAAGCCAGCGAACCACGGGGAUGAAGGAGAUGCGGCGCCUUCUGACGGAGUUGAACGGGGUUGUGCGUGUUCUCACGCAGCAGAAGAAGUCGAGUCCGCUGCAGCCGCAACCACCACCGCUGGAGUAUCCGAGUUUCGACAAUUCGAAACUUGCUAUCUCUGGUCGGCUGCGUGGAGCACUGUGA